AUGGAAUCAUCCCAUGGGACAGAAAAGGAAAAGCGGUUCCGUCCAACGGCUCGCGUAAGACAAACCGAUACCCGCGGCGCUUCCGGCAACCAGGCAGAGCUGACGGCUUGGUGUAUUUCCGAGCUUCUGCACGAUCUUUCUAUGCCAGUGUCUAGGGGACAGUACAUGCUCGAGGCGAGGACGAUAGCUUGCCUGGAUGAACAUUCCGCACCGGCGUCGACUCGAGCGAGUUUGACCGACAGUGCAGGAGAGCGGAACCUGAAACAUCCAUCCUUCACGGAUGGACGCGUCCAUGGUGGUGCCCCUUACUGA